AUGGAUAAGUGCGAGUUUGUUGUGCAACGUUUCAAGUUUCUUGGAUUCAUAAUUACGCCUGAGGGAAUUGAUUUUCAGAAGCUGAAAGAUUGCCUUUCAUCUGUACCUGUACUAAUAAAUCCCGAUUUCCAUAGGACCUUCGAAGUGCAUACUGACGUAUCAAAACUCGCUAUCGUAACUUGUCUGAUGCAGCAGAACAACAAAGGGUUACCAUGUGUGGUCCCUGAUCUCCUCAGCAGACCUGUUGCAGCUAUCGGUGAAGAAGCAUCAUUGGAGGCAGAUUAUCUAAAGGAAGCAUACCGUCGAGAUCCCCCGUGGCGUGGAGUUGUAGAGUACUUACAGGAGAAAGCUGUACCAAGAAGAAAACUACCCCUGAAUGAAUUCGAAUUAAAGGAUGGUGGGUUGUUCCAUGCGAGGCAUUUACCUGACAAGAUUCUCCAUCGUGUUAUUCCACGUGAGUUGGGAAGAGCAGCACUAAAAGUGGCACAUGCAUCUGUUAUCACUGCUCAACCUAGAGUCUAUAGAACCUACUGUAAGUUAUGGGAUUUGUUCUACUUCCCCAACAUGUUUCAAGAAACAAAGGAAUAUGUCAAAAGUUGUAGUACUUGUCAAAGACGACACCGACAAGCUCCUAUGGCAAAGGUACCAGAGGUUUCUCAACCAUUUGAAAGGGUUUUUGCCGAUCUUUUGGAUUUGCAUAGCUUUAACAAUGGAAACAGUUAUAUAUUGAGUAUAACUGAUCAUCUUACACGAUACCUGCAACUUAAACCUUUACCAUCUAAAGGUGCAGAAACGGUAACAACCGCCUUCAUUCAACAUUAUGUACCUAUUUUUGGACCACCCCGUAUUCUUCAGACCUAUACUGGUUCAGAAUUUACAGAUCUUUUAUUUUCGCAGGUUUGCCAACUUUUGGAGACCAAAACUUCAUUUACAAGGGCUUAUUAUCCACAGGUGAAUGGCAUGGUUGAAUGA